AUGACAGAUGGCGAAAAGAUUCAUGGCAAUAGCCAAGUCAGUGCUGAGCCCGAGGGCACUGCGCAAGCAACUCCAGUAGAGAACAACACUCGCACCCAUGCAAAACCAGCGAAACUUCGCCAAGUAUUCGUUGUAGCUGCAGGAUUCAUAACAAUGUUUAUGACCUGCGCAAUAAUCUUCUCUUACGGCGUCUACCAAGCCAUCUAUGAAGAAAUGGCCAAAGAGCCAAACACACCAUUCAGCGGAACAUCAAGCUCAAUAAUCAGUCUAAUCGGCACAUUAUCAAUGGCCUUGAUGUCCAUGGGAGGGCCUUUCAUUAUGACAUGGGCGAAGCUCUACGGCCCCCAGCCCGUAAUCAUGGCCGGUGGUCUAGUAUUUGGCAUUGGCUGCAUUCUGGCUAGUUUGAGCGAGUAUGUGUGGCAGUUCGCCUUGACGCAAGGUCUGCUCGUUGGUCUAGGGACGUGUAUGGCAUAUGUGCCCACCAUGUCUGUUGCGCCAACUUGGUUUGAUAAACGGCGUGGAUUGGCCAUGGGGGUGGUCAUUUCUGGGUCUGCGUGCGGUGGUAUGAUCUGGCCGCCUGUUCUUAGGGCUAUCACGUCUGCUCUUGGGUUUCGGAAUGCUUUGCGUAUCUCUGGCUGUCUUGUUGCGCUGUUUGUUCCGCUGGCAGGGUGUACUUUGCGCUGGGAGCCCGGGUUUGGGGAAAAGGUUGCCGGGCAGACUUCUGGCCUGUCGAAGAAAACUGGCUGGAUUCAUGCGCCCUUUGUUGAUUGGAAGGUGGCUCGAUCGAAGAAGUUUGUCUCACAGGCCUUGGGCUGUUUUCUGCAGUCUAGUGGAUACGCCACGCCGCUUUUUUUCUAUGCCGCGUAUGCCCGGUCGUUGGGAUAUAGUGUGAGCAUGGCGGAUAACUUUAUUACAAUCAGCAAUGCGGCCAACUUUGUAUCUCGCAUUAUUGUCGGUUACGCCGCGGACAAGUUUGGAAGACUUAACGUUCUCUUCCUGACUACUAUCAUCAGCAGUAUUGCUGUAUUUGCAUUCUGGUUGCCUUCGACAUUUGCUGGUGGCGCCAUCUCGACUACAGCAGCGGAGGUAUUGUUUAUUAUGUUUACUGUGCUAUACGGCAGCUUCGGAGCUGCCUAUAUUUCGCUUUUCCCUGCCAGUUUGAUUGAAUUGUUCGGCGUGCAGAACUUCACGUCGGUCAAUGGAGCAUUGUACCUAAUUCGAGGUAUAGGUGCUUUGUUGGGCACACCACUAACCAGUCUUUUGCUGCCUGGGCAGUCGGCUCUCUCGGAUCCAUCGAAUUACUUGAGAGUUUCCUAUACUACUGGCAUACUUUUGUUUGGCGCGAGUGUUGCUACAUUUUGGGUGAGGAUUGAAGGCUCUGCAGGAAAGAAUUGGACGUGGAAACUAUAA